AUGGUGAUGCUUUUAUCGCAGGUUCCUCAAAAGGGCAUUUCAUUCGAGAAAGGCAUGUCUUGGCAAGAUUGGGAGAAUUCCUACACGGCAUUCAAAGCCUUCUUUGAUGGUGGUGUCACCAUUCUUAGAUCCAUUGAUGAACUUCUUCCGCUUUGCCACAGAUUCGAUGGUUAUGCGACAUUCCAAGGUGCCCUUGGUGUAUCCAGAGACGGUUGGAGCCUUGAAAAGGUUCAUGGACAAAUACGGGAGUUUGCUGGAAGCUACAGAUGUCACCUCCUCUUUCUCAAGGGUACUGCCCUUCGAGCGCUUGGCUUGAGCUUAGCACGUGCCGUUUUUGGAGCACGGGCCAUUCGUAGUAUGCAAUUAUCGCAUGAUUCCGAUGAAGUAAAAGCCGCUGCAGACGCCUUGAAUAUUAAACACAGAGAGUUGGAAAACCAGCGCCGGGAGAUGCAUGCCCUUCUUCUUGCUAAGGGAGUUUCUGUUGACAGCGCUGAGUGCGUGACGGAGCAGCAGCCAGAUUAUCUCCUGGGGCUUCCUUUGUUCUUUUCGGACAUUCCCCAUAGCCUACAGAUUGCCCAUCCUUGGCUUAGUGACCAUUAG